AUGGCGGGGUCCUCGGAGGGCGCGGCGCCGGCCGCGGCGCUGGCCGCCGUGCUCAGGCGCAGCUCGGGCUUGCCUCCCGAGAGCGCCCCGGUCCGCGGCUACGACUUCAGCCGCGGCGUGGACUACGGCGCGCUCCUAGACGCCUUCCGCACCACCGGCUUCCAGGCCACCAACUUCGGGCGGGCGGUGCAGCAGGUCAACGCCAUGAUCGAGAAGAAGCUGGAACCUCUGGCGCAGGAUGAAGACCAGUAUGCAGACCUGACCCACAGCCUUCGGCCACUCACGGGCUGCACCAUUUUCCUGGGCUACACAUCCAACCUCAUCAGUUCAGGCAUCCGUGAGACCAUUCGCUACCUCGUGCAACACAACAUGGUGGACGUAUUGGUGACCACUGCUGGAGGUGUGGAGGAGGACCUCAUCAAAUGUCUGGCGCCCACAUACAUUGGCGAGUUCAGCCUCAGAGGGAAGGACCUCCGGGAGAACGGGAUCAACAGGAUCGGGAACCUACUUGUGCCCAAUGACAAUUACUGCAAGUUUGAGGACUGGCUGAUGCCCAUUCUGGACCAGAUGGUGCUGGAGCAGAACACCGAGGGCGUUAAGUGGACCCCUUCCAAGAUGAUUGCCCGUUUGGGCAAGGAGAUCAACAACCCAGAAUCAGUGUAUUACUGGGCCCAGAAGAACCACAUCCCUGUGUUGAGCCCUGCACUCACGGAUGGUUCACUGGGCGACAUGAUCUUCUUCCAUUCCUACAAGAACCCAGGCCUUGUUCUGGACAUCGUUGAGGACUUGCGGCUUAUCAACACACAGGCCAUCUUCGCCAAACGCUCAGGCAUGAUCAUCCUGGGUGGAGGUGUGGUCAAGCAUCACAUUGCCAACGCCAACCUCAUGCGGAAUGGGGCCGAUUAUGCCGUCUACGUCAACACAGCCCAGGAGUUUGAUGGCUCGGACUCGGGUGCUCAUCCAGACGAAGCUGUCUCUUGGGGCAAGAUCCGGAUGGAUGCACAGCCCGUGAAGGUCCACGCAGAUGCCUCCCUGGUCUUCCCCCUCCUUGUGGCGGAAACCUUUGCCCGGAAAGCAGAUGCCUUCAUGCCCGAGAAGAGCAAGGACUGAGAAGAGCAAGGACGAGCCUGUCCCAGGGCCUCACUCCUCUAUUUAUUUGCAUGCAGCCCCGCCUGGGCCCGCGCGCUGGUCAGCAGUGCCCCCAGAAUAAAAGGUCUCUGUUGGCCUUCCAA